AUGGGGGUGUGUGUCAGAGCUGUUGCUGAGUUUGUCUCUCCAAUUUGUCUGACUUCCUCCUGUAGUGUUCUCAAACAGUGUAAAGAUGUGGAGCUCUCCUUCAGUGACGUGACGGGCAAGCCUGAAGCCUUCAAAGGCACCAAGAAGGGGAUGCUGUAUCUCACCCCGUACAGGAUGAUCUUUGUGUCAAAGGGCAAGGAUCCUAUGCUGUCUUUCAUGAUGCCAUUUUAUUUGGUGAAAGGAUGCUCAAUUGAGCAGCCUGUUUUCUCUGCCAAUUACAUCAAAGGACAGAUUCAGGCUGAGGCAGGAGGUGGCUGGGAAGGGCAGGGGACAUUUAAACUGACUUUCAACAGUGGAGGAGCCAUUGAGUUUGGACAGCUCAUGUUUAAAGCUGCCUCUAACGCUUCCAGUGGCAUUCCUCUCCAGAACCCUGGCUAUGGCUAUACACCUGUUCCUGGAGGGUAUGCACCCACCCCGCCUGCUCCUGGGGGUUAUUCACCUGUGCCAGGGGGCUACGCUGCUCCUCCACCGCCAAACGGACCGUAUCCUUAUAUACCACCUCCAGUGAAUGCCUAUGGACCUGCUCCACAGCCCAUGGGAUAUCCAUACGCCCAGACUCCAGGUAUUUACCCACCUCUUCCAAACAUGAACCCUGUGUAUGUGCCACCACCUCCCCCCUACUCCGGGCCAUCUCCUGCAGGACCCUCAGCUCCCCCGGCCUGGAUGGGUCCGGGGAUGCCAGGGGGCAAUAAGGCAAUGGAAGCAGCUUCCAGUGCAUAUUACAACCCUGCCAACCCACACAAUGUGUACAUGCCCAUGGAUCAGCCACCUCCUUAUGCACCUCCUGAGGAUAAGAAGAACAACUAA